UUGCUGGAUCUUGGAAGAAGAAAACAAUAUCCGGUUGCUGAUUUGUUUAAUGCAAGGUGAACGCGAAAACAGCUGGAUCUGGGGAGGGGACGGGCUGCCAGAGCUCGUGCCAUUUGCUCCAAACAAGGGUUGACCGGCGCGCAAAGCAAAUCCAUUCGCGCCCCCGCAGCGUUGGAACGCCAAGAUUGAAUAGAUGGUGGUGGUGGACAAAGAAAGCUUAGUGCCUGGUGGCGGCGGCAUCUGAUUCUGAUUUCUGGAGACUCCCUCCUUUUUUUUAGCAGUAUUCAAGGAGGAGGGGUGGCUAGAUCUGCUGUAGCGGAUGCCAACAGAAAUGGACAAGGAAAGAGGUGCCAGCGCAUAAGGAGAAAGGGGCAGAUGGACUCUGAAGACAAGAUACACGACCACUUGGAGAUCACGUCUAAAUGCGACCAUGAAGUGCUUCUUAAAAAUGAAAAAGAAUUCAAGCCGAUUUACGUGCCAAUGUCAUUUCUAAAGGCGAUCACGAAAAACUUCUCUGAUACUCUGGAAAUCGGCACUGGCGGGUUCGCAGUGGUUUACAAGGGACUGCUUAAAAGAGGUGGAACCGUAGCCGUGAAGAAGCUACUGAAUACAAUUUGUAUGGAUGAUAGUCAAUUUCAAAAGGAGGUUAGUUGUCUGAUGAGGGUGAGACACAAAAAUAUAGUGCGGUUUCUGGGUUACUGUGCUGAUACACAGGGGAAAAUGGAAAGCUACAAGGGAAAGCUUAUCCUGGCAGAUGAGAGACAGAGGUUUCUCUGCUUUGAAUACCUUCCUAAUGGAAGCCUUGAAAAGUAUAUCAAUGAUGCGUCUGGUGGCCUAGAGUGGAAUAAACGCUUUAAAAUUAUCAAAGGAAUUUGUGAGGGCCUACAAUAUCUUCACGAGAACAAUAUUGUUCACUUGGAUCUCAAGCCUCCCAAUAUACUGCUCAACGAUAACAUGGUCCCGAAAAUAUCUGAUUUUGGUCUCUCAAGGUGUUUCGAAGAAAUGCAAAGUCGAACUAUGACGUCAACACUAGUUGGAUCCGUUGGAUAUUUGGCACCAGAAUUCUUUAGUGGACAGGUUUCAAAAAAGUUGGAUAUAUAUAGCCUUGGUGUUGUAAUCGCGGAGAUGCUGACUGGGCAACAAGGACAUUGCCCAGUUGAAAAUGUGCUUGAAUGCUGGAGACAACGAUUUGGAGAAUCAUCCCCAGACACAGAUAAGCUGUUGGAACAAGUAAGAGUAUGUGCUAAGAUAAGAAUGAGCUGUGGGAACCUUGACCCAGAAAAGAGACCAGAUAUACAACAGAUCACCGCAAUACUCAGUGAGCCGUCUGACUCUGAUGAGUUUCCGGAGGUCGACUUCGAGGAGGUUUUCUCAUCUUUUGUGAGACAGCAGCAGCAGCACAAUGGAAGCAUGCAAACAAAGAGAUCCAAGCACUCAUGGUGGUGGGACUCCCAUAUUAGUUCCAAAAGCAGCAAAUGGUUGUCUGACAAUGUAGAAGAGAUGGAGCAGCAGAUUAAGAUAUGCUUAAGUACAUUGACGAUUGUGGCGAUUCUCUUGCAAUAAGGGCCGAGAUGUAUUACAAAAGACGACCUUUGCUUAUUAAGCAGGAGCAUUCAGAUAUCAUCACCGCAGUCUGAUGGCCUUGGUAUAUUGAUGUCUGAUUCUGAGGCAGAGUCUAAUGACUCAGAUGGAAAAAAUAAACUAGGGGCCCUGUGAAGAAAGGGUCAAAUUUUAGGGUCAAGACACAACCUUGGCAACUAAACAUUAUGGACCCUAAAUUGCACGCUGUGGCCAUUAGAGUGAGAAGUUCAAGUAGUGCCGUUAGCUCCAGGGAGUUGGCAAGGACUAGCGUGGUUGCGUUUUUUCAUACUUUGACAAUUAUUAAGCAUUCCGAAAUUUUAGGAGUCUACUCGUAAUAAUUCAUGUAUUACAAGAAACAAUUUAAUUGUGAUUUUUUUUACUUCUUUUCAGAAGAUGGUUCUUUUCAAUGGAGAACUUGAAAAGCUGUAUCGCUUAAACCUACACUCUUGUGCGUCUAGCAGCUUUGGAACUUGGAAGCACCGACAUGAAGUCUAUGACAUCAUAAAUAUAAAUUUUUGAAUUGUUUGCGUAGAGUCUAUGACAUCAUCAAACUAGGGGUCUAGCAGCUUAGAGGCUUCUGAUCUGGAUUUAGGUGGCUUGGGUAUACCUAACUUAGAUUAUCUCCAGCAGCUUACCUAUCCGCGCACAUUCUCAUAUUCAAACUUCACUUUAGUCUGCACUUGAAAACAAUGUUUUGAAUAA